CCUCUCCACUCCCUUCCUUCCUUCUUUCCGAAGGUACUCAUCUGAAAAAGGAGAACAAAGUGAUUGUUCCUGUUCUCUUUCUUAAGUCACUUCAAACACUGCGGCUGACUCUGCGUGUGUCCCCUCAUCCCUCUGCACUAUGAAGUAAGCGUGCGGCAGGUAGAGAGCGAGCAAAAGGCUGGAGCCUCCUGACAGGCAGCGCUGAGACAAAGUUUAUCUUCAGCAGCAUGGAAUCGACACUUAAAAGGAAUGUCACCUCCCCAUUUGGCGACAGGGUGCAGUCGCACUCAAACCAUGGCCCAUGCUUCCAGCCUCUUCCUCUUCUUCUUAAUUCAUCACGAUUCCCCUCACUAGAUAGUUCUUUUGACCGGAGCUUCUUUAGUUUCAGACCCCCAGCCUUACUGGGCUUUGAAAGAUUUCAGCCAAACCCAGAAGGGGGCUCCCGAAAACGGAAGAGGACACCAUUCAAAGUGACUCACCCUCUUCCAGAAGGUGAGUGCUCUGAUGAAAUGAGUGAGGAAAGCAAUGAGAAGAUGGUUAACCUUUCACGCCUGCCUUAUCCAUUGCCUCCAGCAGCAAAGUGCAUGCCACAAAUGAUAGAUCUAAGCAACUUUCAGUUUUAUCGUGCUCUUGAUCGCUGUGACACUGGUGCCAAAGAGGAGCCCAUGAAACAUGAACUACUAUGGCCAGGCACCCCUCUAAUGAUGCACCCACCACCAAGAUAUUAUCCCAAAAUUCACCCUGGAAUGAUCCCAUUUCCAUUCAUCAUGCCAAGCCCCCUCGUGCAUUUUCCGCAUGGCUUUUAUCUGAAUGAGUCCAUAAAUAGGCAUCGAAGAGACGCUGCUGAGAAGGAGAAGUCCAACAGUGGUGAGCGACUGGAUGUCAACGUACACAUUGAUGACAGCUAUUAUGUUGAUGUGGGAGGUGACCAGAAGCGCUGGAAGUGCCGAAUGUGCGAAAAGUCUUAUACCUCCAAAUACAACCUAGUGACCCACAUUCUUGGCCACAGUGGCAUAAAGCCUCAUGCCUGUAAACAAUGUGGCAAGCUCUUCAAGCAGCUUAGCCACUUACAUACACACAUGCUCACGCAUCAGGGAACCAGGCCUCACAAGUGCCAAGUGUGCCACAAAGCCUUCACUCAAACAAGCCACCUAAAGAGACACAUGAUGCAGCACAGCGAAAUCAAGCCAUACACCUGCAGGAUCUGUGGCAGGGGCUUUGCCUACCCCAGUGAAUUGAAAGCCCAUGAGAUCAAACAUGAAGGUGGCCAGGAGAACAUCUGUGUAGAAUGUGGGUUAGAUUUUCCAACACUGGCCCAAUUGAAGAGACAUCUAACAGCUCACAGGGGUCCAACCCAGUAUAACUGCACAGAGUGUGACAAGACCUUCCAGUACCCAAGCCAGCUCCAGAAUCACAUGAUGAAGCACAAAGACAUUCGGCCAUACAUCUGCACUGAAUGCGGAAUGGAGUUUAUACAGCCGCACCACCUCAAGCAGCACACCCUGACUCACAAGGGUGUAAAAGAACACAAGUGUGGUAUCUGUGGGCGUGAAUUUACUCUCCUUGCAAACAUGAAGCGGCAUGUUCUGAUUCAUACCAACAUUCGAGCCUACCAGUGUCAUUUGUGCUUCAAGAGUUUUGUGCAGAAGCAGACUCUGAAAGCUCACAUGAUCGUGCAUUCUGAUGUCAAACCUUAUAAAUGCAAGCUCUGUGGGAAGGAGUUCAACAGAAUGCACAAUUUGAUGGGCCACAUGCAUUUGCACUCAGACAGCAAGCCUUUCAAGUGCCUUUACUGUUCGAGUAAAUUCACACUGAAGGGGAACCUCACAAGGCAUAUGAAGGUCAAGCAUGGAGUCAUGGAUGGUGGCUUAGACUCACAAGGAUUUAGGAGGAGAGGAAGGUUCAGACUGUCAUCCCAAACAGAUGUGAUGGCCGGCUUUGUGCAGGAUGAGCCCUUUGACCUUUCACAGAAGCACAGGCCCAAAUUGUGCGUGUCUCAGUCAGAUGGAGAAAGUGCCAAGGGCAGUUCAUGUCAGGAAGAAGAUGAAGAGGCUUACUAUGGGAUGAACCACUCUAGUCCUGAGGACUGUCAUCAAGGCGGGGGCUCGUUCUCACCAAGAGAGGUGACUGGUGCGCAGAAUGAGCCAAGGGAGAGCUUGGGGGAGAAGGACAGAAAUGGAAGUGAAUGUGAGGAGAGAGAAAGAGGCAGGGAAGAGCGCCAAGAAAAGGAGGAGGAAUUUUACCUUGCUGAAGAGGAAUAUGCGUCUAUCAGGCAUUCUCAGAAAAAUCAGAGCUACUUUCGGCACAAGCGUUUCAACAUGCAUGUGACAAAAAAGCAUGAGCAUAGGUUUACUAAGGAUAGUGACUGAAGUGGGGUUUUGGGUAUGUGGGAGCAAUAAGAAUAAUGUGUAGCUCAUUACUGCUGGCUAUUAAGGAAAAUAUGAGAGACGGAAUUUUCUUGCAACUUUUAAUGCAUGAAUAUAUACAUCAAUUCAUUUUGGAAGACCAGUAUCUCCACUCAAGAAGCAGGAACCUAUCCCAGCAGCACUGAGUGCAAAGAAGGCGCCCAGCUCUGGAAGGGAUGGGAAGGGAAGGGUCUCCCGCAAGGAACACUUACGAAGACACUCUCACAUUCACUCAUUCUAAAUCAAUUUAGAGUCGCUAAUGCAACAUAUCUUUAUGUACAGAGAAACAGCACGUGCACAUGGGGAGAACAUGCAGCCUUGAUAUGGACAGUGAGCAGGCUGAGAGCUGAAUCCAGUUCUGCUGAGCUGAAGCACCAUGGCUCCCACUUUCAUCAAAAUUUUCUUGACGUAUAAAACAAGGUUGAUGAAAUUUAAACUAGCUACUGGAAACCUGCAAAGAAAAGUAAUGUGUUCAUUUAUUGUUUUAUUUUUUGUGGUAACUUUGUUGUUGAACAGACUCCCAGAGCAACUUCUAUAAACAGCACAGGACGACACCUUUUACUUGUUAUUAGCAAAGCUGAAUAGUAAGCACUUUCCAUGACCUGCUCUGGAUCACACUGUACAGCAGUGAUUUGCAGUUUGGCUGUUAGGAACCGUAAAACUACACUACCUGCAAAAGAAAUAUAUACAGUAGGUUUAUGUUCACUUUCAUGUAUAUGUACAUAUAUGUUUAUUCAUAUAUUUAUAUUCAUAUGUUUAUGUGCACAUGCAUGAAUUUGUGUGAAUAUGCAUAUACUGUAUGUAUCUUCUUGCACAUUUACAGUAUAUGUUAGUUUUCAUUGUAAUUAUAUGUUUAUGUACAUAUGUAUGCAUUUGCAUAUACACUAUUUGUGUAUGUAUAUUAAAUGCAUAUGUGCAGUAUGUAUUCAUUUUCAAUAAUAUGUACAGUAUAUAUGUGGUUAUCCAAAUUUACAGUAGAUUCAGAAAGAAAAUAGGUUGCACAGAUGUGUGCAAGAUUAAGCCCAACAUAGAACUGAGGAAACAUAGUAAGUGGUCCGGGUUUUAAGGCAGGGAACCAGACGUGAUGUCAGGGUGGCCAGAACCGGAAGUGAUGUCAUCGUGGCAGGAACUGGAAGUGAUGUCAUCGUGGCCGGAAUCAGGCAGAAUUUCCCGUGUUUGGUCUGCAGGGAUAACAGAGAAAGAGUUACCUUCAUUUGGUCCUUUUAGCUGCCUCCCAUGCGCAUGUGUGUGACAAGGGAAAGUGUGCUUUGAUAUUUUGAAGCCUUGUGCUAAAGUAAUUUAAAUAUGUUUUUCCCCUCAUCAAAAAAACACCAAUAUCCCAAAAUAACAAAGUGAAAACAGGACUUUAGUGAUUUCUGAAAAUGUAUUAUGAAUAAAAAACUGAAAUAUUGCAUUGACACAGAUAUUCAGACCCUUUACUCAGUACAGGGUGGUCCAGAUCUAAUUAUGCAGAUCCAGAUCGUCUGGAUGACUUUGAUUUAUGCAGGGACGAUUCCAGUUCGGCGCGAAGACGAUUCUUCAUGUCAUCAGUUCGCACACUUCUCGAUGGUCUGGGAUUUUUCGGAUGAUUUUCUAUAUAAUAAACUUAAGUUAUAGCGUAAUGAAAAUUGCAUAAUUAGAUCUGGACCACCCUAUACUUUCUUGAAGCACCUUUGGCAGCCAUUACAGCCUGGAGUCUUCUUGGGUACAAUGUGACAAUUGCCAAACACCUGGGCUUAGGGAUUUUCUGCCCUUCUUCUGUAAAGAUCUUCUCAACCUCUAUCAGGCUGGCUGGAGAUCAGUGGUGGACAGCUGUUUUCAGGUCUUUCUAAAGAUGUUUGAUAGGGUUCAAGGCUGGGCACUGGCUGGGCAACUGAAAGACAUUCCUAGGGUUGACCAUAAGCCACUCCUGUGUCCUUGCUUCAUGCUGAGCAUCAUUGUUCUGUUGGAAGUUGAACCUUCUGCCAAGUCUGAGGGACAGAUGACACUGAAGCAGGUUUUCAUUGAGCAUAUCUGUAUACUUUGGACCAUUUGGCUUUCUCUCAACCCUAUCUAGAUCCCCAAUGCUCAAAAUCAUCCCGACAGCAUGAUGCUGCAACCACCUUGCUUCAUUGUUGAAAUGCUAUUGCACAGGUGAUAAGCAGUGCCUGGUUACCUCCAGACAAAAUGUUAAUCUUGGUUUCAUCUUGCUUCUCACAGUCUGAGAGUUCUUUAGGUGCCUUUUGGCAAACUCAAAGCAGGCUUCUAAGAGUCUUUUACUUUUCUUGGAGGCUUCUGUCCGGCUAUUCUAUCAUAAAUCCCAGAUCAGUUGUGUUUUGCAGUGAUGGCUGUCCUUCUGGAAGGUUCUUUCAUCUCCACAGAGGUUCUCUGGAGCUCAGCCAGAGUGACCAUCAGGUUCUUGGUCACCUCUCCUACCAAGUUCCUUCUCUAAUAAUUGCUUGGCUUGGUUAGUUGGCCAGCUCUAGGAGUCAUUGUGUUUGUUCCAUACAUCAUCUGUUUAAGAAUUAUGGAGGCAACUGUGCUCAUGGGAACCAUCAAUGUUGCAGGCAUUUUUUGUAAUGUUCUCCAGAUCUUUGCGUUAACACAAUCCUGUCUCUAAGCUCUGUAGGUAAUUCAUUCAAUCCCAUGCCUUGUUUUUUGUUUACUAGUGGGGCCUUCUAUUGACAGGUGUGUGCCUUCCCCAAUACUGUCCAGGCAAUUAAAUGAAUCACAGGUGGUGUACUCCAAGAUACAUGUCGCAAAAUUGAUCAGCAGAAUGGGGUGCAUCUGAGCUGAAUUUCAACUGUCAUAGCAAAGGGUCUGAAUAUUUGUAUCACUAUGAUAUUUCAGUUGUUUUUUUUAUUUUUAAUCAAUUUACAAAAAUGUCUUUCACAUGGGGAAAGCAUGCUGAAAAAAAAUUGUUUUUGUGUUGUCGCAUUGGGGUACUAAGUGUUACUUGAUCUGGGGAAUGAUAAGUCAAGCACAAUGACACCUUUUCCCCUUGCUCUGGGGAAAAAAUGAAUUUAAACAAUUUAGCCCAAGGCUGCAACAUAACAGCAUGGGGAGAAAUUCAAGGGAUCUGAAUACUUGAUGAAUCCACUGUACAGUAUACUCAUAUGUACAUGUAUAUUAUAUAUAUAUAUAUAUAUAUAUAUAUUUUUUACACACAAAUAUCUUCUGUAUGUUCAUAUCAUCAAAACUCAGAAGUACAAAUCAAUAUUACAUCAUAACACUUCUGUGCAAGUAUGCUGUUAUUAAUUAUAACAAAACACAAUAUUAUUAUUUUGUGUUUAUAAAAACCUGGAUGAAUGGGGGGGGGGGGGGGGGGGGGGGGAGACAAAAGGCCAGAGGAAUAGAUGGAGUGGAAGAAGCACAUUGUAGCAUUCUUCUUGUUUUUGACCCUUGUAGAUUUUACAUUAAGUAUGCACUAAAGUGACUUAAAUUGUUUCUUAAAUAUAAAUAACAAUAGGUGUUCAACAAUAUCAAAACUAUAUGGAGCAAAAAAUGCAAUAACAGUACUGUACUGCUUUGUAACACAAGAUUAAUUUUUACUUAAUAAAAUAUUAUUUAAUAAUAUUUUUAACAAAGUAACAUUAAUCUGUUUUUGUAUUUUAUCUUGCAUGAACAGUCCUUUAAAUGAUGUAUGUACAGUAUGGGAACUAAGUUAAAAUAUUAUUGCUGGGAUGCCAGUGAGGCAUGAGCCUUCUUUUUUUUAAUGAAAACAUGCCAAUAAAUUAAAAUGUUUUAUAAACUACA